ACACGUUAGACGUGUUCGUUACGCCUUGUUUUUUAUAUCAUUCUAAAGUUACUAGAAGUACGCCAGAAUGAAGUGGUCAGUACUAAUAAGUUUAAUAUAUUUUCUAUCUGAUGUGGAAGGUUUAAAAGUAUUGAUAUGUUUCCCUCUACCUGUGAAGAGUUUGAGUAUUCUGGGACAAGGAGCGGUCAGGCAUCUGAUGGAAGCUGGACAUGAUGUAACAUACAUUACAGUGUACCCGUUGAAAAUAAAAGCGAAGAAUUUUCGUCAAAUUGAUAUUAGCACCAACACUGCCUUAGUUGCAAGUGAUGAAUCAUUGACAAUGGAAUACAUUCUUAAUCACAAACUGGAAAGAAACCCUCCAAAUCAAGUACAAGAGUUUGCUGUAGAAGCCCUAAAAAUGACUCUCAACCAUGAAAAUGUGAAAAAACUACUAGAAGACCCUAAUGAGCAUUUUGACGUUAUCAUUACAGACUUGAUCGAAUCAGAAGUGUAUGCUGGAUUGGCGGUCUUAUACAACUGCCCCAUGGUAUGGCUCUACUCUAUGGGGGCACACUGGCAAGUACUGCGACUGAUAGAUGUCGCCUCGAACCCUGCUUACGACCCAGAUUACUUAUCACCAAACAUGCCUCCACUCACAUUUACACAAAGAGCGGAAGAACUGUGGUCGAGGAUUUAUUGGCAAUACCUCAAAACAUUCUACACUCAACCUGAGGAACGCAGCAUCUACGAGGAAGUCUUUGGUCCUCUGCUGGCUAAACGUGGAAGACCGCUUCCAGAUUAUGAAGAUGUUAUGUACAACGCUUCACUGAUAUUCGCGAAUGAGCAUGACGCUACACGCAACCGAGCGAGUACUCCUCAAAACUUUAAGUAUAUUGGUGGAUUCCAUAUUGAGGAGCCUGUAAAGCCACUGCCUAAGGAUCUUCAAGACCUCAUAGACAAUUCGAAGCAUGGCGUCAUAUAUUUCAGUAUGGGAUCAGUUUUGAAAAGUAAUUCUAUGCCAAGGAAACUGGUCAUGGAUUUGCUCCAGAUGUUCGGAGAAUUUAAACAAACAGUUAUUUGGAAAUUCGAAGAUAAUAGUUUACAAGGUGUCCCGAAGAACGUUCACAUUGUAAAUUGGGCUCCACAGCCGAGUAUUUUAGCUCAUCCAAACGUCAAAAUGUUCAUCUCACAUGGAGGUCAGCUCUCUUCUCUAGAAGCCAUUCACUUUGGAAAGCCAAUCAUAGGAAUACCAGUGUUCUUCGAUCAGUUUACCAAUAUCCAUAAGGCUGCUCAAAAUGGGUAUGCUUUAAGAGUGCCGCUAUCUCAAAAUUUACCUAGAGACUUGAAACCUGCUAUUAAUACGAUGUUGAGUGACGAUCGUUAUGCCAAGCAGGUCAAAGAACUGUCGGACCUCUAUCAUGAUCGUUUGACGAAACCAGGUCCUGCUCUCGUGUACUGGGUAGAACACGUAGUGCGCACACGCGGCGCCCUUCACCUGCGCUCUCCAGCCCUCCACGUACCUUUAUAUCAACGUCUUUAUCUAGAUCUUUUAGCAAUAAUCCUGAUUAUUACAUUUUCAAUCAUUUUUCUUCUAAUUAGACUCUGCAACAACAAAAAUGGAAAAAGAAAUGACAAGAAAAAAAGUAAUUAAUUUUAAAUGUUGGAAAUUGUCUAUCCAACAUUGUUGGAUGAAAUCUAUUUUGUUUUUGUCCCAGAGCAAAACAACUUGCCAUAUGAAUUCAUAUAAUAAUCCAAAUCCAAAGUAAUUACUUUUGAUGUGGAAGUAAAAACAAAAAAGUAAACACGACUGCCUCGUUGGCCGAGUGGUCGCAAGUGCGACUACCGGGCAAUG